AUGUCGGAGAAAGACGACUCAGGACUACCCCCCAACUGGGAAGUGCGCCAUAGCAACUCCAAGAACCUCCCGUACUACUUCAACGCAAGCGAAAAAGUCUCACGCUGGGAGCCACCGAUUGGCACCGAUACCGAGAAGCUAAAGAAAUACAUGGCGACACACCAUUCUGCUUCUACUCAAGUAUCCGCUGUCAGCCAUCCUGAGGGCAAGAUCCGUGCCGCUCAUCUACUAGUCAAACACCGUGACAGCCGGCGGCCCGCGAGCUGGCGCGAGAGCGAAAUUACCCGAACCAAGGAGGAGGCUAUGGCGAUUAUCAAAGGUCACGAGCAGAAGAUCAAGAGCGGCGCCGUUUCGCUCGGAGAAAUUGCUAUGACCGAGAGUGACUGCAGUUCGGCCAGAAAGGGAGGAGACUUGGGAUACUUCGGCAAGGGCGAUAUGCAAAAAGAGUUCGAGGAGGCUGCUUUUGCACUACAACCCGGCCAAAUGAGCGGUGUCGUAGAGACGGCGAGUGGACUGCAUCUAAUCGAAAGAUUAGUUUAA